AUGGGCCAUGGCUGCUGCUAUUCAAGUCUUCUACUCUCUCACCCUGCUUUUGGCGUCGCCACGGCACCUCCGGGAUGAGAUCGAGUCAGAUGACGUGGGAGGCGGGAGGGGGUGCUGGCUAGCUGCCUGUUGACGCCACACCUCCACCUCCUCUUCCUGUCCUCUCCCCCUGUUUCCACCACCUACCUCUUCUUCUUCUUUCCUCCUCCGCCGCCUGCCUGGCUCGCAUUGGCGGGCGCCGGUCGGCGGAACCAAGAUGCCGACCAUCAAAAUCAAGGUGGACCUGGAAUGCUGCCGCUGCUACACCAAGAUCCAGAAGGUGCUCACCAGGAUCCAAGAAAAGGGUGAGUUCUGCAUCGACGACAUCGAGUACGACGAGAAGAACAACAAGGUGAUCGUCACGGGGCCCUUCGACCCGGACAAGCUCGCCGACAAGCUCUGCUGCAAGGCCUGCAAGAUCAUCAAGGAGAUCGAGAUCGUGGAGCCCCCGCCCCCUCCGCCGCCCAAGAAGGAGGAGCCGAAGCCCCCGCCGCCGAAGCCGAAAGAGGAGCCGGCCCCGCCGCCGCCAGCGAAGGUCGACCCCCCACCGCCCCCGCCGCCCAAGGAGAAGCCGCCGCCGCCAAAGGUGGUGGAGGUCCCCUACCCUUGGCCGUACCCGUACCCGUUCCCGGCGUGGCCGUCCGAGUGCUGCUGCCACCACGGGCACGGCGGGUGCCACUGCUGCUCCUGCGGCAAGGCCCCCGAGGCCCCGCCGCCGCCGCCGCCGCCGCCGCAGCCGCAGUACAUCCCGAUGCCGCAGUACGUGCCGCAGCCGUACCCGUGCAACCCCUGCGGCGGCGGCGGCUACCGGAUCGUCUGCGAGGAGGACCCCUCCUACGCCUGCGCCAUCAUGUGAUCAUCAACAUCCCAAUUCCCAACCAGAGCAUUACUGAUUAGCGUCGCGUGCCCUUAAUUACCACCCUACCCCCACCACCACCACCAGUGCCGUCCCACCAAUCAUGCAUGCCUCCGUCCUGUACAAGCCAUCCAUCACCGUACAGAUUCAUACUCCGUAUACCGUAUACUAUACAUACUAUACUAGCACCGUGUAUACCGUAUCCUUGUCAUCUAUACUGCAAAUAUACUAUAUAUUCUGCUUCGUUUCAUGUUAGGGCAAGUGAGAGAAUAAAAUCAAGCAAUGCUGUUGAUUCUGUGUAAAAAGAACAAGGGUGGGAACGAAAGAGAGUUCAUCUGUUCAAGGCAGGAGAAGUGUCUACCUGCAGCCUCA